CAGGUGAAUUCUUUAAACGUUAUACACAUGCACGCUUCGUAUACAUCUUAGCGGUGAACCGGUGUCAAAUUACAGUCCGUUUAGUUUUGAGAAGUUCAGAAAUUUGACUCUGUUUACUGCCGGAAAAUUGUAUUUUCUACGUAAUUCCAGCCAGAAGACCGAGCGAAAAUUAUAAGGAACUUGGACGGGACGUAGUUUGAGGAAUACUGUGGAAUUUAUUUUUGUAUAACUUGUGAAAAAACUUAGAGCGAAAAUGGGUUGUGGAAAUAGCAAGGGUUCGACGGCGGUGGAGAAUCAGACAGGUCCGUCAGCGGACACGAACAAUCAUCAAACGGGAGAGCAACCCGGUAAAGUUAUGAACGGACCCGAUAAAACCACACAGGAACCACAAGAUAGCAAUAAACAUAUAGAGGAUCAGCAGAAUACAGAUUCUUCACCCAAGGAAGCGAUAGUAGAGAACGGAGAGGAGAAGAAAGAUGCAGAGAAAGAUACAAAAAUAGAAGAAUCGGCCCCUGAACAGACACCAGAACAAGAAGAAACAAAGCCCGUCGUAACACAAGAAGAAACGCCGGCGACGCAAGCGUCAGAAGAGGUCGCACAACCUGAAGUGGUCAAGGAAGAGGAAGAGGUCACGAAAGAGGAAGAGGUCACAAAAGCAGAAGAGGUCACACAAGCGGAAGAGGUAACGGAGCCGGCAACAGAAGAACCAGCAGCAGAAGAAACGGAAGCACCCGCAGCACCCGCGGCAGAAGAAACGGAAGCACCCGCAGCACCCGCGGCAGAAGAAACGGAAGCAAAACCAGCGGAAGAGCCAACGGAAGAAGUAACAGGGAAUGAGGGUGAAAAUCCAGCAACAUCAGAUUUAAAUGAACUUCAGUUAGAUGAAGACUCAGCUGUUGAUAUGGAAAUCCAGGCUGUAGAGAUUCAGGCAGAAGCCGAAGACGAAGCAAACACAGCUUCACCUGUUACGGCAUCACCGAAAAACGAUGAGCAAUCAGCCUUUAAUGAACCAAAUGUUCCUAGUGAUGAUAAUCCAUCAUCAUCACCUAGCGCCGAAACGGGGGAGCAUAAAGUUGAGGUAUCGGCGUUAAAUAACGACGCCGAAAUGACGGACAAUGAGGUAAACGUGGCAGACGAUGCUCAGGCGCAAAGCGACGAGCAAACGCCGACGAUAGAAGACACGCCCGUAACGGAUGGAAACAAGGAUUCCCCAGCAGAGGGCGCUGGAGAAACAGUAUCGGAAGCGGCGUCGCCGGUAGAAGACGCAAGAGGUUCACCGGCAAAAGAUGAGGGAGAGACGGCGGGAGAAGGCGAACAAGCCAAGGCUGAUGGCGAUGAACAAGCUACAGGCGAACAAGCAGCAGAAUAAAGACGCACCCCUUAACCACCAUUAACAAACAAGACCGCACUUCAUCUCGUUGCCAUGGAUACACACAGUGGAUGACACUGAGACGACAUCAAGGAAAAUGUUAUUUUAGAAUGUUCAUUUCAUGUGAUGGAUGAGAGGAAGGGGGGGGGGAGUUAGUAAUACUCGUAAGAAACACUGACAAGUCAGCUAGCACAUCAUCCUGUUGCCAUGGCUACGCACAGUGGAUGACGUAGCUUCAAGAAAAAUUUCUCUUCAUGUCGGGGGGGGGGGGGAACGUGGGGAGAAGAUACUAGUUUUUGAAAAAGUCUUGGAAGAGUAAACUCAAAUAAAACUGAUUAUCGUUAUAACUGAGACAUCUUAGUAGACUGACGGCCCACGAGAUCGAUACUCCGGUCACAUCGUUGAGACCGAAGCCAGACCGACUACAAACUGACCAAAACAUUACAUUACCCCCAAGGCUAAAAAAUCAGUUGGUUUGGAAGUGGUUCGACAGUGUGACUGAGGUUUGACAAUGCCAGUCUAGAGGGUGGUCAGUCUUGUUGGACAUUGGUCUUGUCGGCUAUUGGUUUCAUGGACUGUAGAAAAACACAACGUCAAAUUAAUAAACACCAGUUUUGGAUAAUGCUGCCUUUAUAGGAAAGACAGUUUACAGUCAAUAAAUUGAGAUAUAUUUCAGAGGACAAUUAGGCAGCUGAUUUCAAAGAAGUGAUUAUGAUUCUAGGGAAAUGGGAUUUCAUUCGGUUAUCAAUUACAGUGGAACCUGCCUAUAAAGACCGGAAUACAAGAAAGAGGGUCUUUGUAGGCAGGUAGUCUUCGUAUACGGUUUCUAUUCGGUAGUGCAGGUUUCAACAAGAAAUAAGUAUCAAGGGAAACAAAGUUUGUGGUCUUUAUCGACAUGUGGUAUUUCUAAACAGGUGGUUGCUUAUAAACAGGUUUUACUGUGUGUCUGUGGGAGUUUGAAAUCGCUUUAGACAACUCUACGUCUCUCCUGCCAACUCUUCUUUUGUUUAAAAGAAACAUCUUUGUGGUGAUUUAAAGAUAUUUUAAUGAAUGCUUAGUGUGUAAGAAAUUUAUGUAUGUAACAUAUUGUGUGAGUUUAGGGUCUCUGAAUUCCGUCCAUAUUUUGAAAGAUGUGUGAUUACUGUAGCUCUAAGGGUUUUAAAAAAGUGUUUGGGUUAAAAUCGCUUUAGUCUAGAGAUUUCAGGUUUUAACCUUCCUAAAAGAUGUGUGUCAUAAAUAAUAUUCAUCUAAAAGCUCAUGCUUAUACCCAACCCGUUGACUAGUGAAUUCUGUGAUUCCCUUCAUUUUAGUCAGGACCACCUAGUUCCUGUAGCCUAUGGGUUAAAAUGUAUAAUUCCAAAGGAAAUUGACUUCAAAUCAGAACUUCUGAAGAAGGAGUGUGAAAACAAUUUGUGAAAUUUGAACUCAUCAAGUUGUAACAUUUUAAAAUUGUUUUACAAACUUUAUAUGAUUAUGAUGUUUCGGUAGGGUGGGUAUACUUGUAUGGUAAAAUAUAAACCUUCAUGUAUUCAAACUAGUACAUGUGUUGUAAAUUAUAUGUUGAAACGUGUGUAUGCCUGUCUCAAACAGGUAUAUAUUGAGAGUUUCAUGAUAUUGUAUGUUUUGUAUAUUGUGUAUAUAAGGCUUAUAUUGUAUAUAGUAUAAUUUAUACUAACAAAAAAAUACUCAUGGUCAUUCCAUUAAUUAGCAAUUAUGGCGAGGGAAAAAAGUCUUAAAGACCUGGUCAGAUCGAGUUCCUUGAUAACGAUUGAAGAGGUCGCACCCCACAAAUUUAUGCACCAAAAAAAAAAAGUUUCAUUCAAAUACUACGAACAUCACCUCCAUCCCUUUUGCUGUUGUCGCCUCAAAGCAGUGACAUUUUGUGUAAUUGUCGCGGCUGUUCCCUAAAAGAAAUGUUGGCCGAGCGAUCCCAAGAAGACGACAAAAACAAUUGAGGGAGACUCAGCGUAAAUUGAUGAGGUCUGACCUACAACAGUGAUUUCCAAUUCGUUUUUGACUUGCCAACAGGGAAGUGUUUUGGGACCGUUAUUGUUCUGAUUAUCGUUAGAGUUAUCAGUGAGGUCUCACUAGGUCUUUAUAGUCUUGUGUGAAAAAAUGUGGACUUUAGUGUUGAUGCAUAUCAUCUGUUGAAAGCCAGAAGGGUAUUACCUGUCUAAAAGUGUACGAGGGAAUGUCCAUCUGGCUCCUAAUAGACAAUAUUAAGUUUAUGCACAAGUUAUGUCUUGGAUAAUUAAUUUUAGAGUUUGAUGCCAAAGGCAUGUUUUAAUAAAUUCUAGGAAGUGCAUGGUUGAUACUUUUACAAUCAUGGAAUAAGGAUUGAUUAAGCAGGAGCAAUAUCAAUGAAACUUUAUAGGCCUAGCAACAUUUUUUUUCUUUCUAAAUCAUGAUGAAAAGUGUUUUUAUUUUCCACAUGGUUGCAAUGUAUGAACUUUCAGUAUUCACAGAAACCUUAAUCCAUUCCAUAAAACUUGAUCAAAGUCACCCUUUUGCCAAAAUGCUGUUCUCGCAGCCGAUCAAAUGUAAUCUUGACAGCAAUUUCUCUUCAUCAUUGUAAAAAAAAUUCAUAAAAUGGGCCCAAAAUUUGGUUGAUAAAACCUCCCAACUCAAUUUUGUUUUCUUUUUUGAAGAGAAAACAAUCUUUCAUGAUUAGAUUAUUAGAGCAUUGACUACCAUCUUUAAGCAGAUCCAUUGUGGCAUUCAUUUUGCAAACAUGCAUUUUAUGGGUUUAUCAGAAUAUCAAAUCAGUCCUUUACUCCAAAAUAUACAUGAGGAAGAAAAAUAAUCGCCAGAAACUGAGUUACAUGAUUAUAUCGCACCACAGGCAAUAUUUACAACCAAAACAUUUUGGGGGGUCUUUGAGUUUGAGAGUGGUGGUUAUUUGUCUUACAUUUGCAGAAGUUAAAUCACAUGGAAAACAAAUUCAACCCAAGUGACAUAAAUAUGUGACUUUUAUCAACAAGUGUUUUUGUAUUUAGGUGGUUGCAGCAAUUAGUACUGUAUUAGACUAUUUUAAGGGCUUUAAACUUCACUCGAACAAUGACAGAUUGAAAUAAUCAUUAAUUCUCUGUCAAUGAUUUUAAUUUGGUUGAUCUCAAUUUUGCCAUUUUAACACAACUCUACAUUCAUAAAACAUCUAUACAGUGAUAUCACCUAGAGUAUAAACUCCUCAACUAGAAAAGGUUGCUUGGAAAUUCAUAAUACAUAUCCUUUAUCCCCUUCAAAAAAGCUAGGAAUUAUGUGUAUGUGAUAUUUGAACUGUGAAAUCAACUCGGAAAGCAGAGCCUGUAUUUUUAUAUGCACAUUCCAUUGAUUUUUACUGUUUUAGUAAGAUGUACAUAAUUUCUUAAGUAAUACCGGUAUUCUUAUUUAGUUUUUUUUUUCUGUGCAAAAGUACAUCAUGAUCAAAAGGAAGGAAGUAUGUAAAUAUAGAGUGUAGUGUGCCUUAAUCAUCUCAAUGCAUUAAUUAUUAAUGCUACAUUGCAUCCAGCGCCUCAAAGCUAGAUAUCUGACGCACGUAGGAACAAAUAGAAUUUGUAAUGAUGACAAAAUCAGGCAUAGAUGGGCAACAAUUUGAAUGAUGCAAGACGAGGGGCUAUAUUUCAGGGGAAGGUUUCUUAAGAGUAGAGAGUGAACGCCAGUUGUGUAUGAUAUGUUUAUCCGUCCAGGCUUUUAAUUUUAUAAUGAUCCCAGGGAAAUAUAUGGUUUGUUAACAUGUUUUAGCCUCAUUCUUAUUAAAGGUGAACCCCCUCAAAAAUUGCUGCAGCAAACUAUAAAAGAAAUGAUAUGGACACUAGUGAAUCGUAAUUAUUAAAUGUUAAUUUUAUUUCAGACAAUAUUGCCCUUAAACAUUGGAUAUUGGUAAAGUUUAUAGAUGAUUUGUAUAUAUGUUGAUUGAUUGGCUCAGCCCAUAAUAUAAAAUGGAGUUGGAUAGGAGGACGGAACUUUCUGGAUAAUUCAGAAGAAAAAUGGUAUUAAUGAUCCUAUGCACUUGUAAAUAUAUCUGUUUUCAGUUGUUUCAUUAAAUCAUGACUUCUUAUACGUGUAUGCAACAGAAACAUGCAUCUUGUUAAUUUUUCUUUCUAUUCACCUAAUUUUUGCAAUUUCUGUGUAUAUAUUACUCUUAGUGGCAUGCUGAUUAGCUAUCGUUACAUGUACCUUGUCGUUUUGAGGAGCACGUACUUGCAUUUAUACAGAGACCGGAUAAUAACAUUCUUGGAAUAAAUGGUUUAAUCAAUGA